GCAAGCGUUGCUGGUUUGCGUUUGCCGCUUUGUUUCUAAAAUUGUUAAUUUCAAGAUAUAAGUAAUUUAAAAUGGCUUACAAAGGCCCACCCAAAGUUCAGAAGGUGAUGGUACAGCCCAUCAACCUUAUCUUCAGAUAUUUACAAAACCGAAGCCGAGUUCAAAUUUGGCUUUACGAGAACGUGAAUCUGAGGAUCGAAGGCCACAUCGUGGGGUUUGACGAAUACAUGAACAUUGUUUUGGAUGAAGCCGAAGAAUUCCACAUUAAGACGAAGAAUAGGAGACAAAUUGGUAGAAUUAUGAUGAAGGGAGACAACAUAACCUUAAUUCAAAACGUCAACCCUGGAGCUACAGUGUAACUGAAAGUGUGAUUAGGUUAUAAAUAGUAAAUAAGUAUUUACAAGGAAAGGACAGUCAUUCCUAACAAAUGGAAAAGCCAGUAAAUGGAUAAUUUCGUUCUAUUUUAAGUGUUUAUUGAAAUAAGCAGUUCACAUUCAAAAACUCUGUGAUCUUUCACUACGGUUCCAAUAAACUAAGUGUCUCAACAACCAAA